GGAGAAAUGAAGCGCAGCCUCGAUCUUCAGUGACCUGGAUUGAAGAUCCGGAUUCUGGUGUGUGGAGGCUCCGCUGCAGAUGGAGGCGGGUCAAGGAGGCCAGAUCCUGGAGCACAGACUCGGACUGUGAUCACCACACCUGCUGAAGGUGGAGGAGUAACACCUGUGAGGAACAGCCCCACCUUCAUCCCUCCUCCUCCUCAUGGAGGCUCCAGGUUAGAGGACCACAAGAGUCCUGAGCUCCAAACCGGAAGAGAACCUGAACCAGGCUCAUGGAUCUGAAGAGGGUUUUGUCGUUCCCGCCGUACCCCGGGGAUUACCUCCAUCCUGUGGUGUACGCCUGCACGGCCGUCAUGCUGCUCUGUCUGCUCGUCUCCAUCAUGACAUACAUUGUCCACCACAGAGUGAUUCGUAUCAGCAGGAACGGCUGGCACACACUCCUCAACUUCCUGUUCCACACCGGCCUGACAUUUGGAGUUUUUGCUGGAGGCAUCAAUCAGAUCAACGCACCGCUCGUGUGUCAGAUUGUCGGCAUCGUGCUGCAUUAUGCUUCUCUGUCCACCAUGAUGUGGCUCACAUUCACUGCCAGAAACAUCUGCAAAGAUAUCUCCAAAGACCCCCUCCACAUUCCUGACCGCAACGGACCGGCCCAUACCAAGGCAAAGCCAACCGUCCUCAGGUUUUAUCUGGUCAGUGAUGGAGUCCCGCUCAUCAUUGUCGGAGUCACAGCAGCGUUUGGUUUAGAAAACUAUGGCAGCAGAGAAGAUGCUCUGUACUGCUGGAUGGCGUGGGAGCCCAGUCUGGGAGGUUUUUACGCCCCCGUAGGUCUCCUGGUCUUUGUCAUGUCCGUGUACUUCCUUUGCACCUUCAUCCAGAUCAAACGCCACCCAGAGAGAAAAUACGAGCUGCGAGUUCUGAGCGAGGAGCAGCAGCAGCUCUCAUCCAGCGAGUCCAACCAUAACUGCCACAUCGACACCGGGGCAGCUGCUGGGUCUGCCACAGACUGUCCUACAUUUGCCACAGGUGUGUCCGUUCUAGCCAAUGAGCACUCAUUUACAUCUCAGCUGCGAGCCACGGCCUUCACCCUCUUCCUGUUCAUGGCCACCUGGGCUCUGGGAGCUCUGGCGGUGACUCUGGGACACUUCCUGGACAUGAUCUUCAGCUGUUUGUAUGGAGCUUUCUGUGUGACUAUGGGACUCUUCCUUCUCAUCCAGCACUGUGCCAAACGGGACGACGUGUGGCAUCGCUGGUGGGCCUGCUGUCCAACAAAGUCCAAGACUGAGGAGGUGAGUGUGGACAGACAAAACCAUCUGCAGGAAGUCCACCAGCCUCACUGCCACCUGAGCUCCCCAUGCUCAGGAAAACAGCCACUCCUCUCCCCUCACCUCCUCCAAAGCUCAUACAAGAUGUCCCCGCCUCCACAAAGCCCAACAGCCAAUCAGACGGGUCCCUACUGUGUGUCUGUGCUGGGUCCUGUUAGUCCCACCCUCAUGUCUCCUCUCCCUGAGCCCAUUUCUUUACCCCGUCCACAGUCUCUCUCUGAUGAGCUUCCCCGCCCUGUACUGCCUCUCCAGAGCUGCCUUAGCAACAGAGCAAAGUCCCGCUCCUUCAACAGGCCACGCCCCCACCUGCAGGACUACCGCUCCCACAUGACAUCCACCAGUAUGGAUGGGAGUGGGCACAGUUCUCACCUGGACAGCCCUCAUGCUGUGCCUCACCUGGACAGCUCAUCUCCUGUUCCCAGUAGCCCACAUCCAGACUUCCAGCUGCCUUGUCCAAGUCCUCACAUGGACAAGCAGCUUGCUUCCUGCCACAGCUUACAACGCCAGACCUCGAGCCACAGCGUGCACGACUCACUUGCUUCCUGUCACAGCCACGCCCACAACAUGCAUGAUAGCGUCACUUCCUGUCACAGCCUCCUCCUGCCUUCUCAUGGGAUCCACUCGUGUCAGUGGCACCUGUACAGCUCAGCGGAUCACUCCUCCUCCACCAGCUGCUGUGAGAAACCUGAAGCCUUCACCUUGGAGUACCAGCAGGACUCGGACAUGUUCCCGUCAAACACAGGUGACAAAGAAAAAGAUAGUCUGAGCGUCGAGCCAGAGCACAAAGGUUUUCCACGUAACACUCUGCCCCGACAGCACGGUGCUGUCAGCCGGCGAGGAACCAUCGGCCGAAACCGGAGCCUGCAGGAAGACGGCCUGUUUGGUUCAGACUCGACAGGAAACAUCCGGACUGGUCCCUGGAAAAACGAAACCACUGUAUAGUUCUCAUAUAGGUUUACCUGCCAGACCUACAGCCUGUGAUCCAGUCAAUCCAUGAGUGUUCGGGUCUCCAUGCCUUUAAAUUUGUCCUUAAACCACAGGUGGAGUUCUCUGUGAGGCCUCUUUUCCCUUUAUGAUGAAGUUCUAAGUGUGUUUCUUGUUUCUUACAGAUCCUAAACUGAAGGUUCUGUUGGGUAAGGGUUGAAUAAUACUGUCAAAGUGUAAUCAGGAGUGUGUGGCUCUCUAGUAGUCAGCAGCGUUAUAGAAAGGUCUGUUUGAACUAUCAGGGUGCUUCAUGAGUUUGUGUCUUUGUUAAGCAUAUCUUCUCAGGUUCAGCUUUACCAUCAAGGACAUUCAAAACUGUGGACCUAAACUAAGUAGAAACAGAACCCAACUCAAUGUUUGUACAUUUUUUAUAUGAAGAGGAUCUGAGAUGAGCAGAGACUGGACGAUUAGCAGAACAAUCUGAAUCACAAAAGAAGAGCCCAAAAGAAAGUCCAAACUAAAAGUCAGCAGGUCGAUUGACAGGCUGAGCUCAUCAGUUUUAGAUUCCUCAUUUAUUUUGAUUUGACCUCAAGCGUUAUGGUCACUUGCCUGUCUCUGUUGGGUUCUGUUGAUCUAAAUUGAUAUUACUGGAACAUGUUUGAACUCAUGGCUCAUAAAGGCGUCAGUGAGCAAGCUGUGAGCUGCAGAUCUUUACUCUAGAUUUAUAAUAUAGUCAGUAGCUGUGCUGUCAAUUCUGUUUGAUUAACAUGAAUCCUCCACCACCUUUUAAAUGAGCUGACUGUGUUCAUGCUUUAAGAACAAACCUAAUGUUUGCAGGACGUUUAAACUUUGUGUGAUGAAGCUGUUAGCUUAAGCUGAAGAUAGGGCAUUAAUCAUAAACAUGAUGUUAGCUUAACCUGAUAACAGAUGAUGACGAGGAAGAAGACGAUCAGGCAUUAAUCAUCAACAUGAUGAAGAUGAUCAUUAAUCAUCAACAUGAUGAUUUACAGUUUUAUGCAAAGAGUCAGUGAGGUAUGAUAGAAAGAUGGAUGGAUGAUUGAUGGAUUGAUGGAUGGAUGGAUGGAAGCAUUGAUU